UUCUACAGGCCUCGGUCUUUUUCCGAACACCAAAUGAGAUCACCGAGCAAACUGACCAGUACUGUUAUCACACUGAAACCAAAGAUUUCGAUAGUUCUUGCAUUCACCAAAAAGUGUGUGUAGGCAUCGAAAUCGAAUCUGAAACCAAAUUUGUGAGUCGAUUCAAUUCUUCCUAGAGACAGAGAGAGAUCUGUUAGAGAGAGAAAACAAGAAGAAUUCUCAAAGGAAUAGCAGCAAUGGAGGUGGAGCUUAAAGAGAUGCUGACUGAUCUCGAAACUCUCAAACAAUCGUUACCAGACCCCUCUAUUCACUCUUCGAUCGAUAAGAUGUGUUUGCGUGUAGAACAUCUUACCAAUCUUGCAAAGUCUGCACCUGGUCGGCGUUCAAAAGUCAAGGAUAUGAGUGCUGAGGUGAUAGAUAGCAAUCCUUACAGUAGGCUUAUGGCACUUCAGAGGAUGGGUAUUGUGGAGAAUUAUGAACGAAUACGGGAAUUUUCAGUAGCCAUAGUUGGGAUAGGCGGAGUAGGCAGUGUUGCAGCGGAGAUGCUAACUAGGUGCGGCAUAGGUCGCCUUUUAUUGUACGACUAUGAUAAAGUAGAGUUGGCUAACAUGAAUAGGCUAUUCUUUCGUCCAGAGCAGGUUGGUAUGACAAAAACUGAUGCUGCUGUUCAGACUCUUUCUGACAUAAAUCCAGAUGUAGUUCUUGAGAGCUAUACACUGAACAUCACAACGGUGCAAGGUUUUGACACUUUUGUUUCAAGCCUUAAAAACAAAACAUUCCGCACUGGUAAAGAAGGUAGUGGAGUGGAUCUUGUUUUGAGCUGCGUAGAUAAUUAUGAAGCAAGAAUGGUUGUAAAUCAGGCUUGCAAUGAAUUGAAGCAAACAUGGAUGGAGUCUGGUGUGUCUGAGGAUGCUGUUUCGGGUCAUAUACAGUUGCUGAUUCCUGGAGAAACAGCCUGUUUUGCAUGUGCACCUCCUUUGGUUGUAGCAUCUGGAGUGGAUGAACGUACUCUUAAGCGUGAAGGGGUCUGUGCUGCAUCUUUACCCACUACUAUGGGGGUUGUUGCUGGACUUUUAGUUCAAAACACACUUAAAUACUUGUUAAAGUUUGGACAUGUUUCCCCAUACUUGGGAUACAAUGCUCUCAAAGACUAUUUCCCAACUAUGGAAAUGAAGCCAAACCCUCAAUGUUCAAAUGUAGCUUGCCUGGAACGACAGAAAGAAUAUGCUCUUGAGAAGCCGGCUAGGGAUGCUGCAGCUAAAUUAAAGCUUCAGGAAGAAGCACUAUCAGCACCAGAGUGCCCACUUCAUGUGGAUAAUGAAUGGAACAUAAGUGUUGUCGAUGACGAUGAGCCAGAUAAGGCAGAUGCUAAAAAUAGAGAUGCUGCACUUCCUGAAGGCCUUACUCGUGAGCUCCCAAGCGCGGACGAGUUUCAGAAACCGCCUGCUUCUCAAGACACUGCCAACUCCAUCGAUGACCUUGAAGAUCUCCGGAAACAACUCGAUGCCCUAAAUGCUGACUAAAAUUAAUAAAUUAUAAGAUUCCCAUGUUAGAAAUUUUUGCCCUAAUUAUAUAUCAAGCAAAUCACAAGGAUUUGAAGCUGUGUUGUUGUCAUUUGGAAUUUUCUUUCUUUUAUUUUUUAUUUUUAAAACCUUGAACUAUAAAAUCAUUUUACAGAUA